AUGCUGCGCGUCAUUCAGGUUAAUCUGAAGCACUCUAAAUGUGCUUCAGAUAACCUGAGAGUUUUCCUGAGGGAGGAAAACUAUGAUGUGGGCAUUAUUCAAGAGCCCUGGGUUAAUGGCCUCCGAGUGAGGGGCCUUCAAGACAGCCAAUACGACCUUUUCUAUAAGCCCGUCAGUUCGAACCAAGGUAAGCCAAGAACUUGUAUUUUAGCUAAAAAACACUUAAAAGCUUUUUUGUGUCCCAAUCUUAGCACCUCUGAUUUGACCGUUGUCAAAUUGGAGGGUUCAAAUACUGAGGGUUUACUCUUGGCUUCUGCGUACAUGGCACACGACCAGCAGUCACCGCCGGAGGAAGUACGCAGGCUGACAAUACAAGCCAAUACCAUGAAGACAAGCCUACUCAUCGGGUGUGACGCAAAUGCACGUCAUACUCUGUGGGGUAGUUCUGAGAUCAAUGAACGAGGUGAGUCUUUAUUUGAUUAUAUCAUUGAAAAUAACCUUUCUCUCUGCAAUAGAGGUACUACUCCAACCUUCAUUUUCCCGAGUUCGGGAAAUUAUGAAGGAUGGGAGGAUGUACUAGACAUCACCUUUAUAAACAACUACUCCAAUCUGCAGGUAGAAAACUGGAGAGUAUCCCCUUUAAAAUCCUUUUCAGAUCAUAGUUGGAUUCUCUUCCAACUCAAAUUUGAAACUAAAACCCCACCCCCUUACAGAAAUCCCAAAAGAAUUGACUGGAAGAAUUUCGGUCAAGUUUUUAGUGCAAAAAUACGCAGUAUACCCAAUCUGAGCACAGAUACGGUUGAAGAUCUUGAAUCAAAGGUUAUAACCUUUGAAAGAUCGAUGAUCACUGCCUUUAAAGUCUCGUGUCCGGUGAGACAUAGCAGCACAGAGAAAAAUAUGACCCGCUAA